GGCUGGGACUGGGACGGCAGUCAGGAUUCCCAGGAAAGGGAGCGCGCAAGCUAGCCAGCCCUGGGACCCUGAGGCUGGGGACGGAUUCCCGCCCCUCUUUCCUACAGGUGGGCGGGCGGGGCUGAGUGGGAGUAGAGGUGGGCUGUCUGCCCCCCCCUCCGGGGGGGCAGGACACAGCCUCAGGCCUGGGUGCCGCCCGGCACCUAGAAGAUGCCCAUGCCCUGGUUCCUGCUGUCCUUGGCACUGGGCCGAAGCCCUGUGGUCCUCUCUCUGGAGCGGCUUGAGGGGCUUCAGGACGCUGCCCGCUGCUCUCCGGGCCUCUCCUGCCACCUCUGGGAUGGUGACGUGGUCUGCCUACCUGGGAGCAUAGUGUCUGCCCCAGGCCCAGUGCUGGUGCCCACAAGCCUGCAGACUGAACUGGUGCGGAGGUGCUACCAGGAGACCGACUGCGACCUCUGUGUGCGUGUGGCUGUCCACUUGGCUGUGCAUGGGCACUGGGAAAAACCUGAAGAUGAGGAAAAAUUGGGAAGAGCAGCUGAUCCAGAACCUGAGGAGCCUAGGAAUGCCUCUCUCCAGGCCCAAGUGGUACUCUCCUUCCAGGCCUACCCCACUGCCCGCUGCGUCCUGCUGGAGGUGCAAGUGCCUGCUGCCCUCGUGCAGCCCGGUCAGUCUGUGGGCUCUGUAGUGUUUGACUGCUUCGAGGCUGCUCUGGGGACUGAGGUGCAAAUCUGGUCCUACACUCAGCCCAGGUACCAGAAGGAACUCAACCUCACACGGCAGCUGCCUGACUGCAGGGGGCUGGAAGUCCAGGACAGCAUCCAGAGCUGCCGGGCCCUGCCCUGGCUCAGCGUGACUGCAGAUGGCGACAACGUGCACCUGGUGCUGGAUGUCUCUGAGGAGCAGAGCUUCGGCCUCUCCCUCUACUGGAACCAGGUCCAGGGCCCUGUAAAACCGUGGUGGCAUAGAAACCUGACUGGGCCGCAGACCAUUCCCUUGAACCAGACAGACAUAGUUCCCUGCCUCUGUGUUCAGGCGUGGCCUCUGGAGCCCGACUCCGUCAGGACAAGCAUCUGCCCCUUCACGGAGGACCCACGGGCACACCGGAACCUCUGGCGGGCUGCCCGGCUGCAGCUGCUGCCCCCGCGGGGCUGGCGGCUGGACGCACCGUGCUCCCUCCACGCCCAGGCCACACUGUGCUGGCAGGCACCCGGCAGGGGCCCCUGCCAGCCUCUCGUCCCGCCGUUGCCCAGAGAGAAUGUCACUGUGAACAUGGCCCUUGAAUUCCCAUUGCUGAAAGGCCACCCCAACCUCUGUGUCCAGCAGGUGAGCAGCUGGGAGAAGCUGCAGCUGCAGGAGUGCUUGUGGGCUGACUCCCUAGGGCCCCUCAAGGAUGACAUGCUGCUGGUGGAGGCACGAGGUCCCCAGGACAACAGAUCAUUCUGUGCCUUGGAACCCAGUGGCUGCACCCCACUGCUCAGCAGGGCCUCCACGAGGGCAGCUCGCCUUGGAGAGCAGUUACUACAAGACCUGCACUCGGGCCAGUGUCUGCAGCUGUGGGAUGAUGACCUGGGAGCCCUGUGGGCCUGCCCAAUGGACAAGUACAUCCACCAGCGCUGGGUCCUCGUGUGGCUCGCCUGCCUACUCUUUGCCGCUGCGCUUUUUCUUCUCUUCCUUCUCAAAAAGGACCACGUGAAAGGGUGGCUGAGGCUCUUGAAGGAGGACAUCCGCGCGGGGGCGGCCGCCAGGGGCCGCGCGGCUCUGCUCCUCUACUCCGCCGACGACGCCGGCUUCGAGCGCUUGGUGGGCGCCCUGGCGUCGGCGCUGUGCCAGGUGCCGCUGCGCGUGGCCGUGGACCUGUGGAGCCGCCGUGAGCUGAGCGCGCAGGGGCCCCUGGCCUGGUUCCACGCGCAGCGGCGCCGGACCGUGCAGGAGGGCGGCCUGGUGGUGCUGAUCUUCUCGCCCGGGGCCGUGGCGCUGUGCCGCGAGUGGCUGCAGGACGCGGGGCCCGCGCCGGGGGCGCACGGCCCGCACGACGCCUUCGCCGCCUCGCUCAGCUGCGUGCUGCCCGACUUCCUGCAGGGCCGGGCGCCCGGCCGCUACGUGGGGGCCUACUUCGACGGGCUGCUGCACGCGGACGCCGUGCCCGCCCUCUUCCGCGCCGUGCCGGUCUUCCCCCUGCCCUCACAGCUGCCCGCCUUCCUGGGCAGCCUGCAGGGGCCCCGCGGCCCGCGCCCCGGGCGGCUGGGCGAGAGGGCGGAACAAGUGGCCCGGGCUCUGCAGCCCGCCCUGGACAGCUGCCUCCGGCCCCCGGGGACCGCGGGGAUGGGACGCGGGAUGGGACCGGAGGCAGGGGACAGGACUUGAAUAAAGGCAGACGCUAUUUUUCUA